AUGAAGGGUUCAGUUUGUGACGAGAUUGAUCUUGUAUUCGGGUUUACGAUUAGAUGUUUUCAAUUGAAGUCGGAAUCUUUUAGUUAUAGGGUAAGUGAGAAGAGUGCCAUAGAUGAAUUCAAGAAGCAGAAGAAGAUGAUAAAUUUAGUGUGGAGACCUAUCUCCACUCAAUCCUCUUCAAUUAUUACAGAAACUGGAAAUGAUGUCCGAGAAGAAGCUCAGUGUAACAAAUCAAGUGAUGUUUCUGAAGAAUUUAUUGAAGGAGGAAGGAGUGAGACAGCCUCGGUUGUAUAUGCUGGAAAGCAUUCAGUUUCUCUUGAGGUUGGGGCUUCUUUGAUUAAGUUCAUUAGAGGAAAAAGUAAGAUUUCUAGUCCCGACGUAUCAAGAGCAGCGUCGGACGUCAGCUUCGCUAUAUAUUCAAACAAAUGUGACAUAUUCAUUUAG